ACAAGAAACGGGGAUCAGCUGUUUGGGAUUCCAGCACCAAGUAUACUACACUGCCAGUCCCCUCGAGGGUCGACGCAAGCCUCGAAGCAUAUCUGCUUGGAAUACGACUCCCAACCCCUCAAUGCCCGGGUAGAUGGCAGGCUGAAGAGCCGGAGAAAAAAGCCUAAACUGAAUCCCGUACGAUGUUCUAUUUCGGUUGACUCUCACGAUUUCCCCGAGGGUUGAUCAGUUGACUCUGGCUGGAGGGACUUCUGGACGUACAUGUGGUAUCGGAAAGAUCGAGGCGGAGAUACGCACCUACGCAUGUACCUCAGACCGCAGACGGGGGAGACUGGGGAAAUGCAUUGACUCUUGAGAUCUGUAAACCAUCCAGAUUCGAUGUAUCGGGCAUUCUCAGGAUCUACUGUCACAGAAUGAUUUCAAGAGACGUGGGCGGUGGAAGGGCUGGAAGCAUCGUGAUGGAGGACGACGACUGUCAACGCGUCGGGGAAUGCAGAACCGCCGUUCCCGUAUCGCAAGUUCGCCAGGGUCCGAAAGGCAAAAGUGAAAAUUACCCGCCACCGGCCGAGUGGAGCAGCGAAGAUCCAUCCAUCCAUCCUCCAUCCAUUCAUCGACAUUCUUCCUUCAAGUCAGGGAUCGGCAUCAAAGGUGGGUGGGUGGACGGCAGCGGACUAUCUACCUGCACACUGUCGAGGAGGCAGGGGAAGAAGAAUAAUGAAUUGACUCUUCACAAAAGAAAAUCAGAAAACAAAAAAAAACAAGAGGAUGACGAGGAAGAAUACAAGCAAAGGCAAUAAUAGGAAAUUCGAGGUAAAAAGGUAACGCAGCAGAGGAACUUGGCACCCGGCGGGAGGCGUCAACAGGCCGAGCAUAAGAACACUAAGCAUCACAGUGGUGUAAAUUCCACUGUGAUAAUAAUAAAAUUAUAAAAUCAUAAAAUC